ACAUCAUCUCUCAUCAACCUUAACCUUUUCAACUAACCUUUCGCGUCGGUCAAAUCGGAGGACGUCGCGUCUAACCAUUAAUUUAAUCACUCUUUCUAUUCACUUCGGCCAUUUACAAUCGAAAACUAUAGCUGCCUGUUUAAGGCUCCCGUAGUAUCCUCGCGCGACUGAUCGCGCCGCGGUAGCGACAGUAUUAAAAGUCACAAGGUUUGCAAUCUCUGUUGACUUGAAAAUGUCGUCUUUCCAACCCCCUCCACCUCCUCCCGGUUGGGGACCGCCGCCACCACCUCCUCCUCCGUCGGAUUUUCUCCCACCGCCGCCAGGAGCGCCGGCUCCUCCCCCCCCUGGAUACCGCCCCCCGACCGAUCCCCAAGUCGCGAAGUUUGCACAGAAGAAGAAGGAAUGGCUUCGGGACCAGCGAAAUCGCUUUGGCGAAAAGCGCAAGGGUGGCUUUGUGGAGACCCAGAAAGCUGAUAUGCCACCCGAACAUCUGCGCAAGAUCGUGAAGGAUAUCGGCGAUGUCUCCCAGAAGAAGUAUACAAGCGAUAAACGAAGUUAUCUUGGUGCUCUCAAGUUCAUGCCACACGCGGUGAUGAAGCUUCUAGAGAAUAUGCCCAUGCCGUGGGAGUCUGCAAGAGAAGUCAAGGUCUUGUACCAUGUCAAUGGGUGCUUGACGCUCGUAAAUGAGAUUCCUCGAGUUAUCCCGCCCGUAUUUCACGCGCAAUGGGCAACGAUGUGGUUGACCAUGAGGAAGGAGAAGAGCGACAGAAGGUUGUUCAAGAGAAUGAGGUUCCCGCCAUUUGAUGACGAAGAGCCUCCUCUAUCAUGGUCCGAGAAUAUCGAGGAUGUCGAACCACUAGAGCCCAUCCAGAUGGAACUGGACGAGGAAGAAGAUGGUGCUGUUUACGAAUGGUUCUAUGACCAGCGGCCCUUAGUCGAUACCGAGCACGUAAAUGGGCCGAGUUACAAACAGUGGAAUCUCACGUUACCACAGAUGGCUGCACUUCAUCGACUUAGUCGCCCGUUACUAAGCGAGACUGUCGACCAAAACUAUUUCUACUUAUUUGACCUGAAGAGUUUCCUUACUGCGAAGGCUUUGAAUGUUGCGUUGCCCGGUGGUCCUCGAUUCGAACCCCUGUACAAAGACAUCGACCCGAACGACGAGGACUUCGGAGAGUUCAAUGCCAUCGACCGAAUCAUCUUCCGAUUCCCGAUUCGAACUGAGUACCGAGUCGCCUAUCCUUACCUCUAUAACUCACUUCCUCGAAGCGUCAAGUUCAACUGGCACUCCCACCCACAAAUCGUGUAUACCAAAUCCGAAGACCCUAAUCUACCUGCGUUUCAUUUCGACCCUAUGAUCAACCCCAUAUCGUCCCGCUCAGUUGCGCCGAAGAACGUUACCAUUAGUCACGAGGAUGAGAUAUUUGGUGCAGGGAAUCUGGAAGAGCCUGAGGAUGAUGUAUUUGAAUUGCCAGCUAGCGUGGAGCCCUUUUUAGCCGAUGAAGAGCUUUACACCGAGGAUACAUCAUCUGCAAUUGCUCUCUGGUGGGCUCCUUUCCCGUUCGAUCGUAGAUCUGGCCGGAUGGUGAGGGCACAGGAUGUACCGCUUGUAAAGCAGUGGUACCUCGAGCAUUGCCCUCCGAAGCAGCCCGUCAAAGUUCGAGUAUCAUAUCAGAAACUUCUCAAGACGUACGUUCUCAAUGAACUCCACAAGAAGAAACCGAAGGCACUCAACAGGCAAAAUCUGUUGAGGAGCUUGAAGCAGACCAAGUUCUUUCAGCAGACGACGAUCGACUGGGUUGAAGCUGGUCUCCAAGUUUGUCGGCAAGGAUUUAACAUGCUGAACCUGUUGAUCCACCGCAAGAAUCUUACGUAUCUUCACUUGGAUUAUAACUUCAAUCUUAAGCCGGUGAAAACGUUGACUACAAAGGAGCGAAAGAAGUCGCGUUUCGGCAAUGCGUUUCAUCUCCAGCGUGAGAUAUUACGUCUCUUGAAGUUGAUCGUCGAUUCGCAUGUGCAGUAUCGAUUAGGUAACAUCGACGCUUUUCAAUUAGCCGAUGGUAUUCUCUAUGCCUUCAACCACGUUGGUCAGCUCACUGGUAUGUACCGGUACAAGUAUAAACUAAUGCAUCAAAUUCGGUCAUGUAAGGAUCUGAAGCAUCUUAUUUACUAUCGGUUUAACAGUGGCCCUGUUGGUAAGGGACCUGGUUGUGGUUUCUGGGCGCCAGCCUGGCGAGUGUGGCUAUUUUUCAUGCGAGGAAUAAUUCCCCUCCUUGAACGAUGGCUUGGAAAUCUACUCUCUCGUCAAUUUGAAGGACGCCACAGCAAGGGUGUGGCCAAGACUGUGACUAAGCAACGUGUUGAGUCUCAUUUCGAUCUAGAACUCCGAGCGUCGGUAAUGGCCGAUCUCAUGGAUAUGAUGCCCGAAGGUAUCAAGCAAAAUAAGGUCAACACUGUCCUUCAACAUUUAUCAGAAGCCUGGAGAUGCUGGAAGAGUAAUAUUCCAUGGAAGGUGCCUGGUCUACCCGCGCCCAUUGAAAACAUUAUUCUUCGCUAUGUCAAGGCAAAGGCAGACUGGUGGAUGUCGGUCGCGCAUUACAACCGCGAACGUAUUCGGCGAGGUGCAACUGUCGAUAAGACGGUUGCCAAGAAGAAUGUAGGUCGUUUGACACGCCUCUGGCUGAAGGCCGAACAAGAGCGACAGCAUAACUACAUGAAGGACGGCCCUUAUGUAUCGUCUGAAGAAGCUGUGGCCAUAUACACGACAACGGUACACUGGCUUGAGUCCCGAAAGUUUACGCCAAUUCCCUUCCCGAGUGUAUCAUACAAGCACGACACGAAGAUUUUAAUUCUUGCGCUCGAGCGACUGCGAGAGGCAUACUCCGUGAAAGGUCGUCUUAACCAAAGUCAGCGAGAGGAAUUAGCUCUGAUUGAGCAGGCUUAUGACAGCCCUGGCACUACUUUGGAAAGGAUCAAGCGAUUCCUCCUAACGCAGCGAGCCUUCAAAGAGGUGCAGAUUGAUAUGAACGAUAAUUACAGUACCAUCAAUCCUGUUUACGACAUCGAGCCCAUCGAGAAGAUCAGCGAUGCUUACCUUGAUCAGUAUCUCUGGUACCAGGCGGACCAGCGGCAUCUCUUCCCCGCCUGGAUCAAGCCCUCCGACUCCGAGGUACCACCUUUACUAGUAUACAAAUGGGCUCAAGGCAUCAACAACCUGGAAAAGGUCUGGGAGACUGCAGAUGGAGAAUGCAAUGUUAUGAUCGAGACGGAGCUUUCUAAAGUCUAUGAGAAGAUAGAUCUAACUUUGUUGAACCGACUUCUCAGGUUGAUCAUGGAUCACAAUCUGGCAGAUUACAUCAGCUCCAAGAACAACGUGCAGUUAACUUACAAGGACAUGAACCAUGUCAACAGUUACGGUAUGAUUCGUGGUCUUCAGUUCUCGGGCUUUGUUUUCCAGUACUAUGGUCUCGUGCUCGACCUGUUACUUCUCGGUUUGAACCGUGCUAGUGAGAUCGCCGGCCCGCCAUCAAGCCCGAACGACUUCCUUCAGUUCCGCGAUCGCGAGACGGAGACGAAGCAUCCUAUUCGUUUGUACACAAGGAACAUCGACAAGAUAUGGGUUUUCCUACGAUUUACCGCUGAAGAGUCGCGAGAUCUCAUCCAGAGGUUUCUAACAGAACAGCCCGAUCCGAAUUUCGAGAAUGUCAUUGGCUAUAAGAGUAAAAAGUGCUGGCCAAGGGACUCUCGAAUGCGCCUUAUGAGACAUGAUGUCAACCUCGGCCGAGCCGUAUUCUGGGACUUGAAGAAUCGUCUACCUCGAUCCGUCACCACUAUCGAAUGGGAUGACACCUUUGCGAGUGUCUAUAGUCGCGACAAUCCAAAUCUACUUUUCUCCAUGUGUGGAUUCGAGGUCCGCAUUCUUCCUAAGAUUAGAAACCAGAAUGACGAGUUCCCUAUCAAGGAUAGUGUGUGGUCCCUCGUGGACAAUACCACUAAAGAGAGAACUGCACAUGCCUUCCUGCAGGUUACGGAGGAAGAUAUUCAGAAGUUCAACAAUAGGAUUCGUCAAAUCCUUAUGUCGUCUGGAUCAACCACUUUCACCAAGAUCGCCAAUAAGUGGAACACUGCACUUAUUGCACUCUUCACCUACUAUCGCGAAGCCGCUGUAUCCACGGUUAAUUUACUGGAUACUAUCGUAAAAUGCGAGACGAAGAUUCAGACUCGAGUGAAAAUUGGAUUGAACUCAAAGAUGCCGUCGCGUUUCCCUCCUGCUGUCUUCUAUACACCGAAGGAGUUGGGUGGCCUUGGAAUGAUUUCUGGUUCGCAUAUUCUUAUCCCAGCCAGUGAUAAACGCUAUUCAAAACAGACGGACACUGGUGUUAGUCAUUUCCGAGCUGGUAUGACACAUGAUGAAGAAACUCUCAUCCCUAAUAUCUUCCGAUACAUCAUCCCUUGGGAGGCCGAGUUCAUCGACUCGCAAAGAGUGUGGACAGAGUACUCGCAAAAGAGACUGGAGGCCAACCAACAAAACCGUCGUUUAACCUUGGAAGAUUUAGAAGACAGCUGGGACCGUGGUUUGCCGCGUAUCAACACCCUGUUCCAAAAGGACCGAAGCACCCUCAGUUUUGAUAAGGGCUUCCGAACAAGGAGCGAAUUCAAAAUCUAUCAACUCAUGAAGAGCAAUCCCUUCUGGUGGACCAGUCAACGUCAUGACGGAAAGCUCUGGAAUUUGAAUGCUUACCGUUCCGAUGUCAUCCAGGCCUUGGGUGGUGUAGAAACAAUCCUUGAACACACAUUGUUCAAGGCGACGGGUUUCCCAUCAUGGGAGGGUUUGUUUUGGGAGAAAGCGAGUGGUUUCGAAGAGUCAAUGAAAUUCAAAAAAUUGACCAAUGCGCAAAGAUCCGGUCUAAACCAGAUCCCUAAUCGUCGAUUCACGCUCUGGUGGUCUCCGACUAUCAAUCGUGCCAACGUCUAUGUCGGUUUCCAAGUCCAACUGGAUCUUACAGGCAUCUUCUUGCACGGCAAAAUUCCCACCCUAAAGAUCUCCCUCAUCCAAAUUUUCCGUGCCCAUUUGUGGCAGAAGAUCCACGAAUCUGUCGUUAUGGAUUUCUGUCAGGUAUUUGACCAGCAGCUAGAAUCUCUCGGAAUCGAGACUGUGCAGAAAGAGACGAUCCACCCUCGAAAAUCGUACAAAAUGAACAGCUCUUGCGCUGAUAUCCUGCUUUUCGCCAGUAACAAGUGGAACGUCAGUCGACCUUCGCUUUUGCACGAUACCAAGGACACUAUUGAACCUACCACUACGAAUAAAUUCUGGCUUGAUAUCCAAUUGAGAUAUGGCGACUACGAUUCUCACGAUAUUGAGCGUUAUACUCGUGCGAAGUAUUUGGACUACACCCAAGACAGCAUGAGUAUCUAUCCUUCGGCAACCGGUUUGAUGAUUGGCAUCGAUCUUGCUUACAACCUCUACUCCGCUUACGGACAAUACUUCCCUGGCUUGAAGCAACUUGUCCAAGAGGCAAUGGCUAAGAUUAUGAAGGCUAACCCAGCUCUCUACGUCCUCCGCGAACGUAUUAGGAAGGGUCUCCAGCUUUAUGCUUCAGAGAACAACCAGGAGUUCCUUAACUCUCAGAACUACUCUGAAUUGUUUAGCAACCAAACGAAGCUCUUCAUCGAUGACACCAAUGUGUAUCGUGUCACCAUCCACAAGACUUUCGAAGGUAAUUUAACCACGAAGCCAAUCAACGGUGCAAUCUUUAUCUUCAACCCGCGAACCGGUCAACUAUUCCUCAAGAUCAUUCACACAAGCGUUUGGGCUGGACAAAAGCGUCUAGGUCAAUUAGCGAAAUGGAAAACGGCCGAAGAAGUCGCCGCUCUCAUUCGAUCUCUUCCGGUGGAAGAACAGCCCAAGGAACUAAUUGUCACUCGCAAGGGUCUUUUGGAUCCUCUCGAAGUCCACAUGCUGGAUUUCCCGAAUAUCUCUAUCCGAGCUUCAGAAUUACAGCUACCCUUCCAAGCGGCAAUGAAAGUUGAAAAGCUGGGAGACAUGAUCCUCCGCGCCACUGAACCUCAGAUGGUUCUUUUCAACCUCUACGACGAAUGGUUGAAGAGUAUAUCCUCGUUCACUGCAUUUUCCCGUUUAGUUCUCAUACUUCGUGCCCUCCACGUCAAUCCCGACAAGACAAAACUCAUCCUACGACCCGACAAGACCGUUAUAACACAAGUGCAUCACAUUUGGCCCACGCUGUCAGACGAAGACUGGAUCAAGGUUGAAGUGCAGCUUCGAGAUUUGAUUCUGCAUGACUAUGGAAAGAAGAACAAUGUCAAUGUUUCUAGCUUGACUAGCAGCGAGGUUCGUGAUAUCAUCUUAGGUAUGGAAAUAUCUGCACCUUCUAUGCAACGACAACAAGCUGCAGAAAUAGAAAAGCAACAAGAGGAACAACAACAGAUCACUGCCGUUACCACGAAAACGCAGAAUAUCCACGGUGAAGAACUCAUCGUCACCACAACGUCUAAAUAUGAGCAAGAGAAAUUCGCAUCUAAGACGGAAUGGCGGACCCGAGCUAUUGCAACAUCGAACCUCCGAACUCGUGCCAACAACAUAUACGUUUCGUCUGUGGAUAAUGACUUGGAGGACAUUACUUAUGUUAUGCCCAACAAUAUCUUGAAGAAAUUCAUCACCAUUGCAGACUUACGAGUGCAAAUUGCUGGAUACCUGUAUGGUGUGUCUGCUCCCGACAACGAUCAAGUAAAGGAAAUUCGCUGCAUUGUCAUGGUACCUCAGAUUGGCAAUACGCGCUACAGCCAAGUCCCCCACCAGUUACCACAACACGAAUAUCUCUCGGGCAUGGAGCCUCUCGGUGUGAUCCAUACAUUAGCUGGAAACGAAUCACCUUACAUGUCUGCCGUCGAUGUUACUAUGCAUUCUCAACUGCUCGACCGCCAUAAUAAAUGGGACAAGGAGAAGACCGUGAUGAUUGACGUCUCUUUUACCCCUGGCUCAGUCUCUUUAGCCGCCUGGUCUCUAACACCUGCCGGAUACCGAUGGGGCGCUGAAAACAGGGACUUCAGCAAAGAUGAUCCGAAUGGGUUCACGACGUCUAUGGGUAUCAAGCGCAAGCUCUUGCUCAGCCCGCGAUACAGGGGAUUCUUCCUCGUACCGGAAGAUGGCAAGUGGAAUUACAACUUCAUGGGCAGCAAUUUCCUCGGCCUAGAGAAGAAGCCGGUGCACGUCAAACUAGAUACCCCCAUGCCCUUCUACAACGAUCUGCAUCGCCCCGAGCAUUUCCACAACUUCGCGGAGAUGGAAGACCCCGGCGUGGACAGGAACGACAACUUUGCUUAAGGGACACAUCUUGGAAGGAGAUCUUGGUACGAUCGUCGCGGGAGAUAUGGGACGGGUUUGAUCGCCGGGUUUAUGGAUAGGAGAAUAAGGAGACAGCUGAACAUUGAAAGAUAAUAUCGGAGGUGACGAAAUGACGCAUUAUAAUGGCAUUUCCCAAAAAUCGGUGCGAAGGUGUGCUUUUUUAAUUGGCA